AUGCAUUAUUGUCUGCCAGAAAUAGUCUUAUUGAUUAAAUUCAAGAACCUCAAACAUCAAGAUCCUCAUAUCAUUCCAUCAUCAAGAAUAAGAAAUACUCCAUAAACCCAGGAAUAACCAAAUUUAAAAAAAAGGACUAUUAGUCAAAUUCGAAGAUUUGGGAACCCAAAACAAUUAGCCUAAAAUCAACACUCAGACGUCUUAGAUUUCUUUGAAUUAGUGGAAGAACAACCUCUACCUGUUCGGAACAAAAAGCACACUAUUCUUGAACCUUUACAAUCUACUCCUUCUCCAUAAAUGGCCAAUGCUAUCUCGCCUAAAAGAGUCUCCUUUAACAAACAAAUCUAAGUCAAAUUAAUUAGUGAUGACUACGUUGACUCUAAUGAAAAAAGACUCUAAAGUAGACACAUCCUUAGAAGACAGAUGACAGACUUUAUAAAUUGA